GGUGCGGCGGUGGGCACGGUCAGGCUGGACGAUUUAAAGGCGUCGUGGCGCCCAGCCGCACCCCACAGACCAGGCGACAGGUGCCACCCCGGAGAUCGCAGGCCCUUGCUGGCGCGUAGAGCCUGAGGACGGGCUGCGGUUUACAAAGGACACAAACCCUUCUACUACUUGUAGCCUUUUUCUGUUUCUUCUGUAAACCAAAACACCUCAAAAUGGAGGCCUAAGCCCCUGAGAGGGGCACAGUCUAACCUCGGGAGGUAGUUUUGUGCAUGGACACACAGAUGCAUCCCUCAGCUGGCUUUCUGGAUCGUUGUCUAAAGACUUGAAGUCUGUAGUCCGAUGGUCUGAGGCGUGGGUGUUCCCAUUCGGUUGACCCCUGGAAGGGAAGGCGUUCUGUGGCAGGGCACAGUGAUGAAGUAUUCUUCAGAAAGUUGCCUGGCAAUCUCCCACUGGCUGGCACUUUUAAAAUAGUGCCCACGUUUAAGAAAGAUCCAAACAUGAGUGCCGGUCAUCCGGAGGAAGUGUUCAGCCUAGUAGUAAAACUGACCAAAAGCCAUGCACAAAACUACCUCCCCAGAGGAAGGCUGGUCCCUUCCCCUCCCUGCCGUUUCGUCAUGAACAUGGCUCCAGACAGUGCUUUCCUGUCCAGACUGAUGAAGGGUGCGGACACCUUUGAGCUGAAGUACGACUUUUCAUGUGAGCUGUACCGCUUGUCCACGUUCUCGGCUUUCCCCUCUGGGGUUCCCGUCUCGGAAAGGAGCCUGGCUCGCGCUGGCUUCUACUACACGGGCGUCAACGACAAGGUCAAGUGCUUCUGCUGCGGCCUGAUGCUGGACAACUGGAAGCAAGGCGACAGUCCCGUGGAGAAGCACAGACAGCUGUACCCCAGCUGCAGCUUUGCUCGGUCCCUGGAUCCGGCCGGCAGCCUGGGAGCCAGCCCGCAGCCGUCCCUGCCGUCCCCGGCGCCCAGCACCACCGCGCCUUCGCUGUUUGCAAGCCUGGAGAACACUGGCUACUUCAGCGGCUCCUACUCGAGCUUCCCCUCGGACCCUGGGAACUUGAGAGCAAACCCAGACUGCCCCGGUGUGAGUCCCAGCCACCUUGCGAUGGAUACUGAGAAGGCCAGGUUACUCACCUACCAAACGUGGCCCCUGUCCUUCCUGUCCCCGGCCGAGCUGGCCAGAGCCGGCUUCUACUACGUAGGACCUGGAGACAGGGUGGCCUGCUUUGCCUGCGGUGGCAAGCUGAGCAACUGGGAGCCGAAGGAUGACGCCUUGUCAGAGCAUCGGAGACAUUUCCCCAGCUGCCCGUUCUUGAAAGAUCCGAGCCUGGCCGCGUCAAGGUACCCUGUCUCCAACCUGAGCAUGCAGACGCAGGCGGCGCGCCUCAGGACGUUCUUCAGCUGGCCUUCCAGGGCUCUCGUGGACCCUCAGCACCUGGCAAGCGCGGGCUUUUACUACACAGGACACAGUGACGAUGUCAAGUGCUUUUGCUGUGAUGGUGGCCUGAGAUGCUGGGAGUCUGGAGACGACCCCUGGGUGGAGCACGCCAAGUGGUUUCCAAGGUGUGAAUAUUUGAUAAGAAUCAAAGGACAAGAGUUUGUGGGCCAAGUUCAAGCCGGCUACCCUCAUCUACUUGAACAGCUGUUGUCUACCUCAGACGCCCCAGAAGACGAGAGCGCAGAGUCACCAAUUGUGCACUUCGGACCUGAUGAAAGUUCAGAAGACGUGGUCAUGAUGAACACGCCUGUGGUUAAAGCAGCUUUGGAAAUGGGCUUCAGUAGGAGCCUGGUAAGACAGACAGUUCAGCGUCAGAUCCUGGCCACUGGCGAGAACUACAGGACGGUCAGCGACCUCGUGAUAGGCUUACUGGAUGCAGAAGACGAGAUAAGGGAAGAGCAGAAGGAGCAGGCAGCCGAGGAAGCAGAGUCAGAUGAUCUGACAUUAAUCCGGAGGAACAAGCUGGGGCUUUCUCAGUACUUGACGUGCGUGAUGCCGAUCCUGGACUGUCUCCUGAGCGCCAGGGCGAUCACCGAACAGGAGUGGGAGGCGGUUAGACAGAAGCCACAGGCCCUGCAGGCAAGAACACUGAUUGACACUGUAUUGGCCAAAGGGAAGGCUGCAGCCGCCUCAUUCAGAAACUCCCUUCAGGAGAGUGACCCUGUGCUAUACAAAGAUCUGUUUGUGCGGCAGGACAUCAGGUGUCUUCCCACAGAUGACAUUGCAGCUCUACCGAUGGAAGAACAGUUGCGGAAGCUACAGGAAGAAAGAACAUGUAAAGUGUGUAUGGACAGAGAGGUGUCCAUCGUGUUCAUUCCCUGUGGCCACCUGGUCGUGUGCAAAGACUGUGCUCCCUCUCUGAGAAAGUGCCCCAUCUGCAGAGGCACCAUCAAGGGCACGGUGCGCACGUUUCUCUCCUGAACUCGACGGAUCCAUGGCUGAGAGCCCAGCACACGGGAGGUGGAGCAGGAGGAGCAGAGGUCCAAGGUCAUCCUCAGCUACCUAUGGAACUUGAGGCAAGCCUGGACUGCAUGAGACACUGCCUCCGAAUAAAUCAGGAAACACACGGACAAACGAAAAAUGAGGGGAAAAGAAACAUGCUGCCUAAACUCAAGAAAGAAUGGAUUAAUUAUGUAAUAUUUUUAACUCUUACACUGAUUUGGAGUCCUAAAAAGUGCUAUUUAUUUCCAAGUCAGAAAGCUGUUUUCUGUACACGUAUUUAUGUAAUACCUGCGUCUGAAGCGUAUCUGUCUGUACAUCCAGAUGCCGAGAGGUGGGAUUCUGUUCUUGGUCCUGAAAAGCAGAUUGCCUACAUUCCUGAAAUUUUCAGAGGAGACUUAUGAUGCUGGCAUUUGUGGUUCAGAAUCUGAAAUCUUUUGAGUUGCUUUAAGAACUGGGAACACAGAGUUUCAACUUCUUUUCUAAGUGUUUUAUUUAUUGAAUGACAUUUUAGGGAUGUGGAGUUUUUAUAAAGAUUUUGCUAGGAAAAAUUAAUAAAGCAACAAAAUGA